UCCCUUCCCCACUUUGCACCGUUCAAACCUGUUGCUCAUAUUUUUUUUCUCCAACCUUCCAGGCUCCUCUUCUUUUCUUUCUGCCCCAAACAACCCCCAUCCGUCUCUGCAUCAAAUAUUUGCGUGCAGCAUGGAGUCACUCUCUGAGACUGAGUGGGACGUGGUCAUCAAUGGCACGGGGCUUCAACAAUCCCUUCUGGCCCUGGCGCUCUCACGGUCAGGAAAGAACAUCCUUCAUGUCGACCGCGAUGAAUGCUACGGAGGAUCCGAGGCGGCGCUAAGCUUGCAGGACGCGGACGAAUGGGUCGAAAAGCACAAGGAGCCGGGCACAAAUAGUGUCUUUGCGGCGGCCGAGGUGAAAAAAAGCGACGACGGCUUGUCUUCUUCGCGAGCAUAUAGCUUGGCGCUUGCGCCGCAGCUUAUUCAUACGCGCUCCGACUUGCUUGCCAAGCUCGUUUCAUCCAAGGCUUUCCGCCAGCUGGAGUUUCUGGCUGUCGGCUCCUUCUACGUCUAUCAGCAGGCUGCCGAUGCGGAAUCAAAGCCGACACUGAAUCGGAUUCCUUCGACGAGAGAAGAUGUCUUUGUCAACAAGGUCAUUUCUAUGAAGUCCAAGCGUGGCUUGAUGAAGUUUCUCAAGUUUGUGCUGGACUACAAGGCUGAAGAACAACUCAACGUUUGGACGCCGCACAAGGACGCUCCACUGUCAGAGUUUCUGGCGUCGGAAUUCAAGCUUGAUGAGAUGCUGCAAUCCUACAUUGUCACAUUGACAAUGAGUUUGGAUGGUAAAGUGUCAGUCGAGGAUGGCUUGAAUGCCAUUAGCCGUCACUUGACUUCCAUGGGCGUCUUUGGGCCUGGAUUUGCUGCCGUCUAUCCCAAAUGGGGUGGUUUAUCGGAGGUUGCCCAAGUGGGUUGCCGCGGCGGCGCUGUCGGAGGUGCAAUCUACAUCCUCGGAACUGGCGUGGACAAGGUUGAAACCACCGAGGACGGCCAGCCACUCUCCGUUACGUUGACAAAUGACCUGACAGUCAAGACAAAAUCUUUCAUCCAGGGGUCCGCAGAGGUCGACAGUGAGGCCACUACCCUCAGUCGUUUGACAGCUAUUGUUGAUUCGACUCUGAGUAAUCUCUUUGAGGUUCUAGUUGAAGGUGCACCAACACCUUCAGCAUCCGUUGUGGCAUUCCCAGCUGGCUCGCUGUGCAGUGCUGAUGGUAAUCCGUCAUCGGCUCCCAUCUACGCAAUGCUGCAUUCAGGCGACACUGGCGAAUGCCCGAGUUCACAGUGCGCCGUAUAUCUCAGUACCAUCCGUACGUCAUCUUCAAAAGAGCUCCUAGAAAAGGCUCUUGACGAGCUUCUCCGUGCUGCUGGGGAUGAAACCCCAGCUGGCAAGCCUCUAUAUCGUUUAUCGUAUGAGCACUCUGGCGUCAAGCAUCCUUCGUUUGCAACGCAGGGUAAGACGGGAACCUUUAGCGCUCUUCCUCUCGAUCUUGCCUUCAAUGACAGCACUCUACGCCCUGUUGAGCAGGCAUGGAAGUUCGUUGUUGGCAAGACCGACGAAGAGUACAUGGUGUUUGAGGACCGCGAAGGUGUAAACGAUGAAGAUGACCGCUUUGACUAGAUGUGAUACCACCUAAUGAACCUCAUGUAUAACGAACGAAUAAAUCAAUUUCCAUUAUCUGAUUAU